AUGUCCAAGACGUAUGUCGUCGAGCACCUGGACGAGGGCAUGGGGGCCUGGUCGACGCUCGAGUACGUGACGAUUGCGCGCGAGACUGGCGCGCUGUGCCUGUCGUCGCUGCCGCCUUCGCUGAUGCUGCCGGCCGAGCUGACGGCCGUGGCCGGAUUCCGGGCCGAACAGCGAAGCGUGGAAGAGCUGUAUGGCGGCGAUGCGGCGCAGAAGGCGCGUGUGUGUCUGCUGGACCCGGCAGCGGCGCAGGAGCUGGUGCCGGCGGACGGUGACGUGUUUGAUGUCUUUCUGUUUGGUGGGAUCCUGGGCGACGAUCCCCCUCGGGAUCGCACGUCGGAACUACGCAAGAAGGGCUUCCAAGGCCGGCGACUUGGGCCCAAGCAGAUGACAACCGACACGGCCGUGCGAGUGACUCGGAUUGUGACCGAACAGAAAGUCCCGCUCGACCAAAUUUCCUACGUCGACUUCCCCGAGCUCAGGUUUGACGAGCACGAGAGCGCACUGAUGCCCUUUCGCUACGUCAAGGGCGACGACGACAAACCCAUCAUGCCCGAGGGCAUGCCCGAACUGAUCAAGAAGGAUGCCGACAAUGCAAUCGACGACCUAUUUUAG